AUGCGCCCCACCUGGACUUGGCUGCUGGCCCUGGUGCUCCUGGCAGGCCAGGCGGAGGCCCAGAGCUGCAAGCCAGAACUGCAAGCUACUGGUAAGACAUGGGGGACGCAAGGGCCAGUCUAUGGGUCAAAGCAACGCUUUGGAGUUUUAUUACAAGCAAGCAUGAGAUAGACUUUAUUAAGUAAAUAGGAUUCCAUUUCAGUCUGUUGGCCCUGCUGUUUUUGGAGAGAGAGACCCUGGGUCAGCCUCAUAGGAUCAUAUAACUGUAGAGUUGAAAGGCACCCCGGGGUCAUCUAGUCCAACCCCCUGCAAUGCAGGAAUCUCAACUCAAGCACCCAGGACAGGUGGCCAUCCAACCUCGCUUAAAAACCCCCAGGGAAGGAGAGUCCACCCCCUCUCGUGGGAGCCUGUUCCACUGCCAAACAGCUCUUACUGUCAGAAAGUUUUUCCAAAUGUUUAGUAGGAAUCUCCUUUCUUGUAACGUAAGGCCAUCAGUUCAAGUCCUACCCUCCAGAGCAGGAGAAAACAAGCUUGCACCAUCUUCCAGGUGACAGUUCUUGAGAUAUUUGCAGAUGGCUCUCAUAUCUCCUCUUUUCCAGGCUAAGCAUAUUCAAUUCCUUCAACCGUUCCUCAUCAGGCUUGGUUUCCAGACCCUUGAUCAUCUUGGUUGCCCUCCUCUGCACACCUUCCAGCUUGUCAACAUCCUCCUUAAAUUAUGGUGGCCAGAAUUGGACACAGUAUUCCAAGGCAGAAGAGAGUGGAACGAUUACUUCCCUUGAUCUGGACCCUAGACGUCUACUGAUGUAGCCUAGAAUAGCAUUCACUUUUUUUUUCCUUCUGCAUCACUCAUCUUAAGUUGUGGUCCACCAAGACCCCUAGAUCCUUCUCACAGGAACUGCUAGUAAGCGAGUGCAAUUCAAUAGAAUCAUAGAAUCAUAGAGUUGGAAGAGACCACAAGGGCCAUCGAGUCCAACCCCCUGCCAAGCAGGAAACACCAUCAGAGCACUCCUGACAUAUGGUUGUCAAGCCUCUGCUUAAAGACCUCCAAAGGAGGAGACUCCACCACACUCCUUGGCAGCAAAUUCCACUGUCAAACAGCUCUUACUGUCAGGAAGUUCUUCCUAAUGUUUAGGUGGAAUCUUCUUUCUUGUAGUUUGGAUCCAUUGCUCCGUGUCCGCUUCUCUGGAGCAGCAGAAAACAACCUUUCUCCCUCCUCUAUGUGACAUCCUUUUAUAUAUUUGAACAUGGCUAUCAUAUCACCCCUUAACCUCCUCUUCUCCAGGCUAAACAUGCCCAGCUCUCUUAGCCGUUCCUCAUAAGGCAUCGUUUCCAGGCCUUUGACCAUUUUGGUUGCCCUCCUCUGGACACGUUCCAGUUUGUCAGUGUCCUUCUUGAACUGUGGUGCCCAGAACUGGACACAGUACUCCAGGUCUAUAGAAAGUCUAGUUUUGUUCUGUAAGCACCUCCUCAUUUCUCUGAGCUUCUGUGGGGACCUGGGGCUUCCAUCUCUCAAGUGGGGCACAUGGCUGUGGCAUAAUUAAGAAAUGCUACCACAUCGGUGGCACUGUAUUCUUUAGAGUCACUGCUCGUUCUGAGCAUGAAAGAAAUUUAAACUAAAAAAUAAUUAUGAGCCUGCUGUUGCCUUCCUGUCCUGCUUGGGGGCUUCCCAGAAGUAUUUGAGUGGAUGAGACGGGCUGAUCUCUUAUUGCACUAUUAUUUGUCCUUGUCCCCACCUUCUUUCUCUCAUUCCCUGACUCCAGCUCGCAACCUGGCCAGAGGCCGCCCAACCUGUCAGUCCUCCAUCUACCCCCACGAGAUUAUUGGAACAGCAAGCAAAGCCGUGGAUGGGAACUGCGGUGGGGACUGGUAUAAAACGGGCAGCUGCACCCACACGCAGCUGGACACGGAGCCCUGGUGGCACGUGGACUUGGGCCAGCAGUACGCCAUCUCUGCUGUGGUGGUGAAGAACCGCGGGGACUGCUGUGGUAAAAGACUCCAGGGAGCUGAGAUCCGCGUGGGAGACUCUGUGGCUGACCAAGGGAAGUCCAACCCCCUGUAAGUUCCAGUUGCCUCUUCCCAAAAUCUCCUUCCAGUAAUCUCCAUUCUUGUAACUUGGAGUCCUUGGUUCAGGUCCACCCCUCCACCCCAGAAGAAAAGAAGCUUGCUCCAUCUUCCAGAUGACAGCUCUUGAGAUAUUUGGAGAUGGCUCUCAUAUUUCCCUUUCUAGACUAAUUACGGGAGUCAUGAAAUCAGGGGUCUGAGGAUCAAGAAGCAGGGAGUCAAGAAGCUGAGGUUCAAGGAUCAGGAAGCAAGAAGCCAAACACAGCAGGGCAGGAAGCGUGUUGCUGUGGCAAAGAGUCGAAGGGAAAUGCUGACCUUAUAUCCCUUCCCGGCUCUUGCCACCAGGUGCUGUGAGUUACUAAUUGACCUCACCUGUGUGGCCUCUUCAGAACAAACUGAGGAAGGCCCUAGUCCUGCAAAGUCCUAUUAGUCACAGGGCCUGGUUCCUGCAUGCACACCUGACAAAGCCAUGCUGAGUCCCAUCAGGGGAAAAGACAGGGCAUAAAUAAAAACACCCACCCCACCCCAAUCCCUCCUUCCCAUUCACUCUUUAUUCCCAGAAGACCCCACUUCCUGGAUCAGGGAUGAAGUCCAGGCUUUCCUUGGUCUCCUCUCCUCUGCCCGACCUCUUCAGCACAUCGCCAAUUCACUUCGCUUCUCCCUCCUCUGUGAAGUUGCGCUUUCCUUAGCCAAAGCUCUGCUCCGCCAUCAGCUCCUCACCCCCCUUGACCCCUGCGGCCCCCCUCCUCCUGAGUCCUCCUCGGACUCCACCUGGCCGCCUCCUGUCUACUCUCUUCAGCCAGAAGCCACUGGCCACCAGGCGCUGCCCUUCCUCCAAUCCCUCCGCUUGGAGAUCCGUUAGAUGCCCCUUGCCCUGCCUUGGCACCGAUAUCUGGCCCCUCAGUCUUUGUGAAGACCUGGGCAUGCAGUGGACCCUUAAAACAACACCAGCGGUUAAUAAUGAAAAUUGGGGAAUGUGAGAAGCCACCUUUGAGCAAUAGGAAUGGGAGGGGGCUGACAUUUGGGAGUCCUUUCACAUACAGCUUUGAGAUUUUCCCCUUUAAAAUCUAAAGCGGCAUAGAAACAAAACAUAUGAAUAAAUGUAUGAAUGUCCCCAUAGACUGAGCUGUUUUGGAUUCACCUCCACUUUCUCUCUGCAGCUGUGGGACCAUCACAGACACCAGCCUUGGCUCCGUCAGCACCUUGUAUUGCAAUUGGCUCAAGGGCCGCUAUGUGAGCAUCCACAUCCCGGGAAGGGCCGAAUACUUGACCUUGUGCGAGGUGGAGGUCUAUGGCACCAAGGCAGAAGACCAGUGCUAG